AUGACUUCUUCAUGCUACUUUUGCUUACUCUUUCUUGUGUCGUUUUUUCAUUUCUGUUUAUCCACUCAAAAUUUCAAUCAUGUACUAUGCAAGGAUGUCGAGAGGCAAGCACUUCUUCAAUUCAAGCAUGGUCUCAUAGAUGGUGCAGACAACCUUGCUCCUUGGGUGGAUGAGGAGAGAGAGUGUUGUAAUUGGGCGGGGAUUGUUUGUGCUAACUAUACGGGUCAUGUUCAACAGAUUCAUCUUCGUGGACUUGAUUAUACUUGUCACGCCAAAAUAUUCGCCCACACCAACAAGCGCAAGUUAGGAAGGGAUUUAAGUCCAUCCAUAUUGCAGCUAAAGCAACUCAGACAUCUAGACUUAAGCUGCAAUGAUUUUGAAGGGAUCCAAAUUCCCAGCUUUCUGGGUUCUCUUCGAAACUUAAGAUAUCUUAACCUCUCAAAUGCCGGAUUUGCUGGAAUCAUCCCUCCUCAACUGGGAAAUCUUUCAGAAUUGCAAGUCCUUGGUCUUAAAAGUUUUCAUGAUGAUGGUCAGUUAAGCAUGUUGAACAUGCAAUGGUUGUCAAGUUUACGUUUGUUGCGCCACCUGGAUAUGAGCGGCGUGGAUCUUAGCAAAGCAAUCGAUUGGUUUCAGGUCAUGAACACCCUCCCUUCUUUGGCCGAACUAUGUUUGUCUGAUUGUCAACUCUCCCAUGUACAUCCCCAUGUCCCUAGUCUUAAUAUCACAUCCCUUACCUUGCUUGAUCUUUCUCGUAACUAUUUGGUUAACAUUUCUAUGCCACGGUGGAUUUUUAGUACAACCAGUCUUGUUUCAUUAGAUUUAAGUUGGUGUAGUUUCCAAGGCCCUACUCAUAAUAGUAUUGAUGGCUUCCAUAACUUGACUUCUCUCAAGUUUCUUCAACUCUCCAGGAACAAUUUAAUGAAUUCUUCAUUAGUAUUAGGUAGUAAUCUCCUCUCAUUAGAUAUUAGUUAUUGUGAUGUUUCAAGUUCAGAUCUAGCUGGCGUUCACAACUUGACCUCUCUUCUUAGCCUUGACCUGUCAAAUAAUCAGCUCACCAAGCCCAUACCUAUAUCAUUUGGUAACCUUUGUAAGUUGAAAGAGAUUGAUUUGUCAUUUAACCAUUUUGAUAAUAUGAGUUUAACAUACCUUCUUGAAAGUUUCUUGGAGUGCAAAUCACCUUGCUUGGAGUCAUUAGCCCUAAGGGCUACAGGACUUUCUGGUCAUCUACCAGAUCAACUUCGACAAUUGAUACAUUUGGUUAACCUGAAUCUUAGGUCAAACAGUUUCGUUGGCGUUAUUCUGAACUCAAUAGGAGGAUUAGCGUCGUUGGAGAUGUUAGACCUUUCGGACAACCAGCUGAAUGGUAGCUUCCCUGAUAGCCUCGGUCAACUUUCAAAGUUGAAUUAUUUAGAUCUUUCUUCCAAUUUGUUGACAGGUGUUGUCACAGAAGCUCAUUUUGCCAAACUAACCGGAUUGAAACUCCUAAAUGGAAGAGGAAACAACAUAAUCUUAAGACCGCAACUUGCCAAUUGGAUCCCGCCUUUCCAGCUUCAGCAUUUAGAUUUAAACUCUUGGGGUUUAGGGCCUCAAUUUCCAUCGUGGUUGCUAUCACAAAGGGAUUUAUCAGAUUUGGACAUAAGCAACACAAACAUUUCAGCACCCAUGCCUCCAUCAUUUUGGAUUUCAUUCCCCAAUUUGACGUAUUUAGAUAUGUCACAAAAUCAUUUCCAAGGAACGUUGCCAAGUUUCCCUGCAACACCUGAUGUAUAUGAUAUACUCGACUUGAGUUCUAACGAGUUUACAGGGAAAUUACCUCAUCUUUCAGAUGGUUUUUCUGCAUACCUUCUGGAUCUAUCAAAUAACUCCUUUACGGGAUCAUUGCAUCAUUUCUUGUGUCCCUAUGAUGAGAUACGAGUAGACGCUCUUAAUUUGGGAAAUAAUCAUUUGUCGGGUGUCAUUCCUGAGUGUUGGGUGAAGUGGCAGAGGUUGUUAUUCUUAAACUUGGAGAACAACAAUCUGUCUGGUGGGGUUCCAAAAACAUUGGGGUUUUCAUAUAACCUAGGUCAAUUGAACAUGCGUGGAAACAACCUCUCCGGAAGACUACCUACUUCAYUAAUGAACUUGWCAGDCUUAGAGUACCUUCUACUUGGUAGAAAUGAACUUGUUGGAUCCAUUCCAACAUGGCUUGGGAGAGAAUUGUCUAAUCUGAGAAGUCUCAAUCUUAGAUCGAACAAUUUUGAUGGAAAUAUUCCUCAAGAGCUCUGUCAUCUUACAAAGAUUCACAUUUUGGAUCUUUCUCACAACAAUCUCUCUGGAAAUAUUCCAAGAUGCUUCAACAACUUCAGUGUCCUUUCUGGGAAAGAAAGUGAUUCAAAUCAUUUAAAUCUUAUCUUUUCGAGUGAUUUUAAUGAGCUUCUCAUUAGUGAGUUAUUGGUGAUAAAGGGRCGAGAGGACAUGUAYAGCACUAUUCUUAGACUCAUCUUCGUGAUGGACCUUUCGAGUAACAAUUUUGUUGGGCACAUCCCRAGUGAGCUAAUGGCUCUUCGRAAGUUGAAUUCACUGAAUCUAUCAAGAAAUCAAUUGGUAGGAAGGAUCCCAGAGAAGAUUGGAGACUUGAAAUCACUUGAAUCUUUUGAUUUAUCAUUAAACAAGCUUUCUGGGGAGCUUCCCGCGAGCUUGUCAAGCUUGAGUUUCUUGAGCAACUUCAAUGUGUCCUACAACAGUUUUACGGGAAGAAUACCAUCAAGUACUCAGUUGCAGAGCCUGAAUGAGUUCAGCUUCAUUGGCAACAACCUUUGUGGAGAUCCACUCACAAAGCAAUGUGCAGUUGAAGUAGGUGCCAUAAACCAAGUAGAAGAAGAAGAUGAUGAAGAUGGAGCGGAUAUGGGGUUGAUCAUCAGCAUUGUGCUUGGCUUGGUUACUGGUUUUUGGAUGAUUGUGGCACCGUUGAUGGUCAUCAGAUCAUGGAGGAUUGUAUAUUUUCGUUUCUUAACUCGUGUGGGGUAUAUGGUUUAUGAUGUUAUGCAAAAGUGUUUUUGCAACAUGUUUUCCAAGUGA